AUGCCAUCUGCUCGUGCUGCGCCAAGCGAAUCCUUCCCUCUGGGUGGCUUGCUUCCCAAAGACACCACAGAGGCGCUCAGCUUCCUCCGCAAGUAUCCCGAAUACGAUGGUCGCAACGUUCGUGUCGCCAUCCUUGACACUGGUGUUGACCCUGCUGCCAUUGGGCUUAACCAGCCAGGAAAGGUUGUCGAUGUGAUCGACUGCACUGGUGCUGGCGAUGUCCCUCUUCAACCCAUCGAGCCUGUCUCGUCAUCUGGCAGCAGCUCGGCAGGACACAUUGAGUUCAAGUCGCCCUUCACUGGACGAACAAUUCGUGUCUCUUCCAAACUCUCUAAUCCCAAGGGCGAAUGGAAGAUCGGCUUCAAGAAAGCUUACGAUCUCUGGCCCGGCGAGCUCAAGAAUCGUCGCUCUGCAGAGAGGAAGAAGGCCUUCCUCGUCUCCCACCAGGCUCUCCUUUGCCAAGCACAGAGUGAGCUGAACGCUCUUGACAGCCCCGCCGCAUCGAAAGAUUCCAAAUCUUCUGAAGAAGGUUCAGACAAGACCGAAUCUCCUUCCGAGAAUGCCAAAUUAAAGAAGGACGAGAUCAAGGCACGUAUCCAGGCACUCAAGGACCUUGCUGCCUCUUACAAGGACGACGGCCCGCUCAUCGAGGCCAUCGUAUUCCACAACGGCAAGAACUGGUAUGCUGUUGUUGGAGGUGGUGAAGGCGAGACGCAUGAUCCCUCCAAUGGUCAGCCAGAGGAUGUUCUUAAGCCUCUCGAGCUGCAGACUCUUGACCUUACCACCAUCGAGCCCAUCACUGACUUCCGCAUCGAGCGUCAAUGGCAGAGCUUUGGCCAGCAGGAUUUGCUCACCUACACUGUUAACAUCGAGGACAACGGCAACGUUCUCAGUCUCGUCACGCUUGCCGGCAGCCACGGUACUCACGUAGCAGGUAUCGUCGGUGCCCGACACGACGACCAGCCCGAGCUCAACGGUGUUGCCCCUGGAUGCGAGAUUGUCAGUCUCAAGAUCGGUGAUGCUCGACUUGGCAGCAUGGAACAAGGUCAGGCUAUGCUCCGCUCUGCACAGGCGCUCAUUGACACCAAGUGCGACAUCGCCAACCUCAGUUACGGUGAAGAUGGUGCUUUCGGUACCGAGGACAAGGGUGCUUUUGCCAAGGCACUUAGAGACAUUGUCAUUCGUCAACGUGACAUUCUCUUCGUCAGCAGUGCCGGCAACAACGGUCCCGCCCUGACCACUGUUGGCCAGCCAGGUGGUACCACCUCUUCUGUGCUCAGUGUCGGCGCCUACGUCAAUGCAGGUGCCAUGCAGAAGGCCGAGUAUGCUCUUGUCGAGAAGGGCGUCCCAGACAGUGUCACCACCUGGUGCAGUCGCGGCCCAACUGCUGACGGUGACCGCGGUGUCUCCAUCUACGCUCCCGGUGCUGCUAUCACUUCCAUCCCACGUUACUGUCUCCAGUCGACACAACUCAUGAACGGUACAUCGAUGAGCUCGCCAAACGCAUGCGGCUCGAUCGCUUUGCUUCUCUCUGGUCUCAAGGCUCAGAAGAUCCCUAUUACCCCUGCUCGCGUCUUCAACGCUGUUCGUGUAACGGGCAAGGAUGUCAACGACCCCUUGGAUGUACCGUUCAUCCGCGUUGACGCUGCCUGGGACUACCUCGUGCAGAACAAGGACCGCGUUGAUCAGGAUGCCGAGUAUCGCGUUGCUGUCACUCGUGCUGGCAAACCUCUCGGCCGCCUUGACAAGCGAGGUAUCUACCUUCGCGAGAGGGACGAAACUCACUCUGUGCAGCAGACCAACAUUACCGUCCGACCCAUUUUCAAAGCUGGCGAAACGGAGAAGACCUUCAACCUUGAGCUCAGAUGUGCGCUCGCCGCUACACAACCAUGGGUCCAGGUGCCCGAGUUCCUGCUCCUCGGCGGUAACGGCCGCACUUUCGAGGUCAGGGUGGACCCCACCGAUCUCGCUCCUGGUCUCCACCAUGCUUGGAUCGAGGCUUACGACACCGAGAAGCCUGGUCACAAACUCUUUGACAUCCCCGUCACCGUGGCUAAGCCCGAGGUCUUCCCCUCGCCUACCGUCAAGUUCGACACUGUCCGCUUCGAGGCAGGCAAGAUUGAGAGGCGAUUCGUUCACGUUCCCGAAGGUGCUACUUGGGCUUCGCUCACUGUUCGCAGCUCCAACCACUCGUCUGCUGGUACUAGCGCACGCUUCUGGCUCCACUGUGUCCAGCUUGAGCCACUGCAGCGUCUGAGCGAGGUCGAGAAGGCAUUCGUGCUCGCGCUGCAGGAGAACGAGCCAGUCAUCAAGAAGUUCAACGUACGUGGUGGUAUGACCAUGGAGGUCUGCUCCGCUCAGUUCUGGUCCAACAAGUCGGCCUUUGAUCUUGACCUUGACAUUGAAUUUCACGGUAUCAGUGCUUCGCUCAUACCUGCUAGCGGGCGUCAGGAGCUCACCUUGAUCGGUGGUGAGGGCCAUGCUAAGAUCGAGUGUCAAUCGACCGUUCGCAUCGAAGAGCUCAAGCCCAGCAUCUCCUUCGAUACUCGACGAACAUUCCACCGCCCGACAUCGUCCACCAUCCGACCACUCACCACACCAAGGGAUGUCCAGCCAAGCGGCAACCACAUGUUUGAGCUCGUCACGACGUACAAUAUCUCCGCCAAGGAGGAGUCGAACAAGCUCAGCUACUCGUUCCCUGCGCUCGGAAAUCACUUGUACGACUCGAGCGUACCACUGCUCACUCAACUCUUUGACUUCCGUAAGAAGCGGGUCCACUUCGGCGAUGUCUAUAAGAAGGAGGUCGAGCUUCCCAAGGGUGAAUACGUGCUCAAGGCGCAACUUCUCAAUGAAAACUUCAAGGUGCUCGAGACGCUCAAGAACGUUACCUUGAUGAUCGACCAGAAGCUGUCUAAGCCCGAGUCGGCUGCGCUCAAGCUCUACGACAAUCAUGUUGAUUUGCACGGAGAAGCUACCCCCGCUAAGUACAAUGGUUUGAAGCUGCACCCUGGCGAGCGAAUCGUUUUGACGCUUGACUUGAAUUUGGAGGGCGAUGCCGUGCCGAAGGAAGCGCAACCUGGAGAUGUCUUGGUGGGAUCGUUCGGGUUUGCUGCUGAAGGCAAGGGUCAGAUCCGAUACAUCGUUCCUCCCGCCGUCAAGAAAGAUGAGGGCGGCGAUGAUGCAGGCGCUGGUGGCAAAAACGAGAACGAGAUCCCGGAGUUGCUCACAGCGACGGCCAAGAAGAUCAAGGAUCCCAAGGAGAAGCUCGAGUUUAUGGACAAGCUUAUCGCCGACUACCCCAAGUUCCUUGGUGUCCUCGUGGCUAAGCUCGAAGCGCUCGAUGCUGACGAGAAGGAUGCAGACAAGCAGAAGCACGUGAUUGCUGCUGCUGACAAGGUGCUUUCACUCAUUGACGAGACUGAAGUCAAGCUCUGGCUGGCCACUCAGAAACCCUCUGCAUCCGAACAGACCGAUGAAGAAAAGAAGACCAACAAAGAGAUGGAAGAGAAGAAGAAAGCUCUAGUUCUCGCACUCAACCGUAAAGCUCGUGUCUAUAUGACUCAGGCCGAAGAGUCCUCCCCUUCCUCGUCUGACCUGGACAAGGUGUGGAAGAACUACCGCGAAUACUUCCCGGCUGACAGCAAGGCGAAAGAGUACGUUGAGCUCUACGUCCGCUGGUCGAUCCUCAACAAGCGCUAUGCGUUGGCUUUCCAGGCUGUGCAGAAGCUCAAGAAAGAACUCGGUGCGGGAAGUGGCGACUCGAUCAAGGAGUUGGAGAAGAUCAAGGCGCUGGAGCUGAAGCUUAUCGGGAAGGAAGGUUUGAACUGGCCUUUGUGGGCAAGUCACUUGGAGAGAGCAGAAAAGAUCGCUGCUCCCAAGGAGUAUGCGCCUUUCUAA